CAGCAGCAGCAGCGGGGGCUCCACCUGUCCCGCAGCAGCAGCACCACUCGCAGUCGAGCAGCGGGACUCCAGGCACUCGCUCCCCCAGCUGCUGACGUCAGCUGGCAGCCUGGGCUGUGCUCGCCGCUCCGGACAUAGCGCCGAGGAAAAAUGCUGCUCUCCGUACCGCCAAGGGCAGGAAUCAACCCCUACAACGGCUAUAACAGCAGAAACAGCAAAAAGCAGACCUAUGUGUCCUCCGGCCACCAGAUGGCGCCCCCAAGUCCCAACAACAAUAGUAGCAGCAACAGCAGUGGGGGAGGGGAACAGUUGAGUAAAACUAACCUGUACAUCCGCGGCCUCCAUCCUGGAACCACAGACCAAGACCUGGUCAAGCUCUGCCAACCGUAUGGCAAGAUCGUGUCUACCAAGGCAAUCCUGGAUAAGACCACCAACAAAUGUAAAGGAUAUGGCUUCGUGGACUUUGACAGUCCAGCAGCAGCACAGAAAGCUGUUACAGCUCUGAAGUCCAGUGGGGUCCAGGCUCAGAUGGCCAAACAACAGGAGCAGGACCCCACCAACCUGUACAUCUCCAACCUGCCGGUGUCCAUGGAUGAACAAGAGCUGGAGAGCAUGCUCAAGUCCUUUGGACAGGUCAUUUCCACACGCAUCCUGCGAGAUGCUAACGGGACCAGCCGCGGGGUGGGCUUUGCCAGAAUGGAGUCCACAGAGAAGUGCGAGGCCAUAAUUCAGCAUUUCAACGGCAAAUUCAUCAAGACUCCGCCGGGAGUGCCUGUACCCCCAGAGCCCUUAUUAUGUAAGUUUGCAGAUGGAGGCCAGAAGAAGAGGCAGAACCAGGGGAAAUACCUCCACAAUGGAAGGCCGUGGGCAAGAGACGGCGAUGCGGGAGGAAUGACGCUAGCGUAUGACCCCGCAGCCUUACAAAAUGGCUUCUACCCCUCACCCUACAGUCUGGCUCCCAACCGAAUGAUCGCCCAGACCUCUCUCUCACCCUACAUGCAUUCUCCUGUCUCAUCCUACCAGGUACACAGCCCGUCCUGGAUGCACCAUCAGUCAUACCUCAUGCAGCCAGCUGGUACAGUUCUUACCCCGACAAUGGAGCACGCCAUGUCCAUUCAGCCCACGUCCAUGAUGGGACCUCUUGCCCAGCAGCUAAGUCACCUGUCCAUGGGCAGCACGGGCACAUAUAUUCCGGCCAACACAACUAUGCAGGGGACCUACAUCCCCCAGUACACCCCAGUGCCUCCCUCCAGUGUCCCAGUAGAGGAGAAUGGUGGUCAACAGCAACAGGUUGCUAUGGAGACUCCUGCGGAACACACAAACUACUCGUACCAACACACCAAGUGAAGCUAAGUGCGGACAUGUGUGUGUGUGUGUGUGUGUGUGUGUUUUGCAGCUCCCAGCAGGGCGGGGCAGAGGGCACGAGAGGAAUCCAACCAAACAGGGUUCAGCUAAACUGUGCUCCAUACGUCACCAACAGCACCCAGACUUGAACAUGGAUAACAAAAGGAACGUGUGUGUGUUCGUGUGUGUGUGUGUGUGUGUGUGUCUGUAUUUUUUCUUUGCUCUUUAAGAAAACACUUAUGUCAUUGGACUCUCCCGCUCACAUCCUCAAGAGUCGAUCAACCAAAGAUGGGAGUCUUCUUCACAGAAGCUUUGAUCUAUUUUGAUAUCUGAAAAAAGGAACAUAACAAAAAGUUAAAAAGAAAAUAAAAAACUUAUGAGAGGAGGAAAGAUGCGGAGCAUUAUUUUUGGUGCACGUUAUCUAACAAAUUAUUAUUUUUAACAGAGAAAAAGCAUUCUGAACUUUUCAGGGUGAUUCAAAGAAGAGUUGAAACACAAUGUGUCUUUUAUUUUUUGUAAAAUAUGGAAAUGUUUAUUUUUAUUUCCUGAUGUCUGUUGUUGACGUUCUAUUUGCAGCAGCGGAGGAAUCCCUUUGUACAGAUUCAAGAAUCUAAAAAACUCUUGCUGGUCUGAUGUGUCGGAGGCAAACCGCUUAAAGCUACUUCUGAAAUCAAAAGACAAUCAAUUAUUUGUACUUAUAUUUUAAUUUCAAUAGAUAAUUUUUAGAUCAUUGCAACAACAAUAUUAAUACAAAGAAAAUGUUAUUUUGUAGUAGUCUAUAAAGACACAGUGAAAAGCAGCUUUGAUGACUUUCAAUUCACUUCCUGUCCUGUAUGCACCAUUGAGAGACACUUAAAGUCAUCCUGCUUUUGUUAGAAUGAAACUCGGAGUUGCUUCCCUGUCCAAAGAAGUGGUUUUAAGCGGUUUUGCUUUGGCAAUCCUUAAGGAAUCAUUAAAUGUGUGCUGUGUUGAAGGGAUGAAAUGAACUUUCUUCAGAUCUGAGCAGUUAGAUGAACUAAACGAUUAUGUGUAAAAAAAAGAUCAAUGCAGUUACUAAAUUAAGAAAAGGCUUAGAAAAAGCCACGGGGGGGACGUCAAACAGAAGACUGUCCCUGAGAAUAAUCCGUUUGGAGGGAGCUGUCGUUCUCUUUUUCAAUGCUGCUGUUGUCACCUGAGUUUGAUUCUCUGUCAGUGAUUUUUAGUUUGUAGAAAGUUUAACGUUUCUGAUUUCCUUUUGUCUGUCACUUGAAAUGUGUUUGAGCUAAUUUGCCUUUUUUUUGAUGAAUUUAUCUUUUGAAGUAGAUUAGAUUUUAGCUGUAGACUUUAGCUUUUUACAGAAAGUAGACAUUCUGGGUUUUUUUUUUCUCUGCGUAGGGAUUGAUGCUGUUUUCUUGUGCACUUCACUAUUUCUCUCCUUUUUGUUUUCACUCAUAUUUCCGUUCCAAACCUUUUGUCGUGUGCGUCCUCACAUUGUGUCGGGCCUGUUCGUAGAACGCCUUUCAGAGCGGAGAGUGGAACCAAUCAAAGACUUCACAUAGUGCUGAUCCAAAAGAUUCAUACUGAUGCUGCGUCAGCGCCGGUGCUCAAAGAGGCUUUGUGACCACAAGCCCUGGAUAUGUUAGCGUUUAUCAAGUGUAGCUCAUGUCACACUGCAUCCAAAUAUGUCGAACUGUAAUUCAUGCAGGCAUCAACAACUGUAGAUAUGUAGAUAAUAGAAACAAUGGUUUUUACAAAGGACUGCUCACUAGACCAUGGAAGUGCCAUUAAAGACGAUUCUUACAGCCUUUAGUGAAACAGCCUGAAGGAAGUGACCCGAAAUUCUGCAAAAACAAGUUUUAGCUAAGCCUUAAUUUUCUCCUCUGGAUGAACUGCCUGAACUCUCAUAGGAGUGACACCGCGUUGUAAAUACUACAUGGAAACAAGCUUGUUUGAAUGCCAUUGAGUUAGUUAGUCACGUUGGCCCGAGGUAGCUGUGGGGUUACGAGGAGCUUUUCAACCGUCCACGUUUGGGUCCAGCAACAAACACAUUGUGAAGACGUCUUUCUUAAGGCUCGCGGUGCGAUGGUUCGGUUUUCAGCUCGUUUUUUGCACACGUCAACCUUUUUUUCUCGCUGCGUCGUUUAUUUCCGCAACCAAAGACGUUGUACCCAACCAUCUUUGAGCCCUUGGCCUAAGCUGCUCUCAUGUGUGGACGGUCAUGCGUUGCGUGUAGCUCUGGGUGAAAAGCCCUUUGUUCUGCUCCUGACAGACAGGGAUAACAUCACAAUAAGGGGGGGGGGGGGAGUGACGUGCACACAAUUUUCCAUUAAGACCAAAGUUGAAGGUUUUGUGAGAACUUUGCGACUACUCGAUCCCUCAUAUAGUAAAGUACAUGUAAAUUAUCUGGGUUUUUUGACAUGAGUCGAUUAAGCUGAGUUUUGGUGCGCAUGUGAACUUAUUAUGGACCUUAUUGGCCCAUGCCGACACACAGAAGAUCUCCAGAGAUUUUACGAUGGUGACAGUUUUCAGACACGAGAGCUCAUUUUGUAAAUAGUCUCUUUUUUUUUCUUUCACUUUAUUGUUUGUUUCUUUGUGUGUGUUUUCAUUUUUUUUAAUGAUUUAUAGCCUGUCUAGAUAACACAGUGACCUGCAAGGUUUUCACAUUCAGUGCCCCAUGAAGGAAAUGUCAUGGAUGUUGUUUAUAUGUUCAGACAAAUGAGAUUUCAUGUAUUAGCCAUCACUUUAAUACAAAAUACCGGAUUUUGAAACUAUGAAAUGACCACUUGUUACAGUUACAUUUUUAAGUAAUUUAAUUUUUAAUUAAAUUAAAUUAAAUAAAAAAUUCUAUUCGAGAUAAUAUUAGAGAAAGUCAUGGUGCUCGAAAAUACAUAAGAAUCAUGAAAAUUAUAGAGUUAAACUGUAGAAAUACUGAGAUCAACGUGUGCUCUACACACAAUAUUUGAAAAUCAUAAAAAUAUUCUUUUUAGUCUAUAUACCGAUUUGGAAAUUCUCUUUUGUCCAUAAAAUGUAGAUUUAAUGUCUUAUUUCAUAGCUUCAAAAUGUUUUGCUGCUAAAACAGGAGGUUUGAUGUUGCCCAAUCAGCAUUCUCUAAAUGUUCCAUUUUAUUAUAAUUUGGUUGAUACAGUGUCCCUGAUUUUUUCAGAAUAACAAUAUGAUUUGUAUUCUGUUUUAGUUAUAUUUGACUUUAUUAAAACUCACAAAUGUUGUUUUAUGGUGACAAUUAUUUUAAUACAAGUACAAUUCAAAAUAAUAAAACCAUCUUUCUCCGUCCUGUAUGAACCAAGUUUGUGUGAAACCCAGACAUCUUGAGAAUCUGACGGGCUCAUCUUGCUCCCUGCUUGUAAACAGUUUUCUUAUUUAUACAAAAAUUCAUUUUGUACAGUUUUUUUAAGAGGAAAUAAGUUUUGAUAUUUGGUUAUUUUGCAAAGCCACUUGGCUCCUUGUGUCUUCCUGUGCCAGAGUUGCUACGUUUUCUGUAACUUUUUUUUUAUUGAUUGAGAUAAGAUUUUCUUUCUUUAUGGUUUUCUCUUUGAAUUUGUCAAUUUUCCCUUUUUUAAAAAUAAAAAAUUGUGUUUCUGUGAUUUGGAAAA